AUGGCAGGCACACGGAAUUAUGACUUUCUGAUCAAAUUAUUGUUGAUCGGGGACUCGGGUGUGGGCAAGUCAUGCUGUCUAUUGCGCUUCAGCGAAGACUCUUUCACGCCUUCAUUCAUCACCACUAUCGGUAUCGAUUUCAAGAUUCGUACCAUCGAGUUAGACGGAAAGAGGGUGAAGUUGCAGAUUUGGGACACAGCGGGCCAGGAGCGCUUCCGCACCAUCACGACGGCAUAUUACCGAGGUGCCAUGGGUAUCCUUCUCGUCUACGAUGUGACAGAUGAGCGAUCAUUCCAAAACAUUCGAACUUGGUUUUCCAACGUGGAGCAACAUGCCAGCGAGGGCGUACACAAGAUUUUGAUCGGUAACAAGUGUGACUGGGAGGAGAAAAGAGCGGUCUCUACCGAACAAGGUCAACAACUUGCGGAUGAGCUUGGCAUCCCCUUCCUCGAGGUUUCAGCCAAGAACAACAUCAACAUUGAGAAGGCGUUCUACAGUCUUGCAUCGGAUAUCAAGAAAGGGAUGGACACUUCCAAGACUGAACAGUCUGGUAACCAGGGAGUCAGUAUAGACCAGCAGGGCUCGGGUCUGAAUGGUAAUUCUGGAGGGAAGUGUUGUUAA